UAUAUCACGGUACCUCGUAAAACCGACACUAAAACGUCCCGGCCUACAAAUCACCCGGCCAGAUUAUGAGUUCAUUGUAUUAUGCGAAUGCUUUAUUUUCUAAAUAUCAGGCCGCAAAUUCGGUUUUCCCCUCCGGAGUGUUUCCUGAGCAAACUUCUUGCGCAUUCGCUUCCAAUGCCCAGCGCACCGGGUAUGGCUCCAGUUCCACGGCCUCUUUCGCUGCUUCCAUGCCUGGUUUGUACCCCAACGGGGGAGGCAUGCACCCCCAAGCCCCGGGCAUGUAUUCCAGCAGCUACGGUCUGGAAGCCAGCUCCUUCAACAUGCACUGUUCCCCUUUCGAGCAAAACCUCUCCAUGAUGUGUCCGGGAGACGCGUCCAAACCCAACUGCAACAAAAGCGACCAGAGGGACGCAGACUUGCGACACGAAAGCAACUUGCGGAUAUAUCCUUGGAUGAGAAGCACAGGGACGGACAGAAAGCGAGGCCGCCAAACCUACACCAGGUACCAGACGCUGGAACUGGAGAAAGAAUUCCAUUACAACCGUUACUUGACCAGAAGGCGACGCAUUGAGAUAGCCCACGCUUUAUGUCUUACAGAAAGACAGAUCAAAAUCUGGUUCCAGAACAGGCGUAUGAAAUGGAAAAAAGAAAACAAACCCGCGGGGCCCGGUUCAAACAGCCAGGAAAAACCAGAUGCGGAAGAAGAUGAAGAAGAGUGAAGGAAAAGGAGUGGGAGAAGGGGGAAGAAAGAGAGGGAGAGUGGAAGAGAGAAAGAGAAAGAAAGAGAGAGAGAGAGAGAGAGAGAGAGAGGUGGGUGAGAAGAAGUAGGGCAUGCUCGGACUGACUGUAGUGUCCAGAAAAUUAAAGGAAGAAACUGAAAGUUAAAAGUUAACAAAUAAAGACUGCACACAAAAAAGAAAGAAAGAAAGAAAGAAAGCAUACUAAAAGGAUGGUUUCUUCUGUUUCUUGACACUUGGAAAACUACCUAUAUUAACAUUUAUCUCCUUUGUUUUUGUUUUGUUUUUGUACAACAAAGCGGAUAAUAAAUCUACCUAUUAAAUGUCUCUUUAGAAUCAAAUAUAGAUGAUGUUUUGUUUUCCUAUGUGGGUCUUUAUAUAGUCCAAGUAUUUGUAAAUCUUCUUGUUUAAAAUUGUUAUCUCUCUUUUUUUCCCCCUCGUGUAAUUUAAAAAAAAAGGUAUAUGAAGUGAAUAUGUGGAUGUGGUUAGCACUUUUCCUUAGAAAACGUGAAAUCCAAAUGUAUGAAGGGAACACAAUGCUUAGCUUAAGAUGAUUGUUGUACAUAAUUCUAUGAGAUUUCUGUCUUUCUCUUCUCCUCCCCCUCUUCGUAGAUUUGUACCUCUACGUCUGGUUACCAGUGCUGUAUUUUAUUUUUAUUUUAUUUUUUUGCUUGUUUAUUUCGCUUGGUGUAUAUUUUUACAUGUUCUACAAUGGACCACUUCCUCACUAGAGAACCUGAAAUGAAUAUUGUGCUGAGUAAAACCAAUGUAUGAUAGUUAGCAAAUAAUUUAAUAGUCGCCCAAGCCUUUUUAUUUGUAUUCUGUGAUUACUAUGCGUAGAGAAAGGGAAAAGAAUAAUUAAAAAUAACCUUACUGA